AUGCCCCUCACCCCCUCCCAACUCUCCUUCUUCCAGGAAAACGGCUACCUUGUCAUCCCCGACUACCUAUCCCCAACCGAAAUCACCUGUCUCCUAACCGAGACUCACUCCCUCCUCGACAACUUCGAUCUCGACACCCACCCACUCACCCAAUUCACCACGGGCGAUGACUCCUCGCAGGACAAACCCCAUGUCGGAGACGACUACUUCCUCACUUCAGGGGACAAGAUCCGAUUCUUCUUCGAGCCGGAUGCAGUUUCCUCUCCAGACCCCAUCACAGGCCGUCCCACUCUCCAUCGACCAAAGCAACAAGCCGUGAACAAAAUCGGCCACUCACUACAUAGUCUCUCUGCGCCAUUUGAGCGGAUCUCGCUCAGUGAACGGAACGCAGACAUCGCGCGGUCCCUGGGAUUCAUCGACCCGCGCGUCCUCCAGAGCAUGGUCAUCUGCAAACAGCCCGGGAUAGGUGGUGCCGUGCCCCCGCACAGGGACUCGGAGUUUCUGUACACGAGUCCACCAUCCGCUGUUGGGUGGUGGUUUGCCCUGCAGGAUGCGGGGCCAGGGAAUGCCACGUUAGGGAUGUUUCCCGGUUCUCAUAAGGGACGCGCCGGUGGCGCGGUAAAGAGACGGUUUGUUAGGAGACAGGAUGGGUUGGGGACUGAGUUUGUUGAGAAUGAGGGGGCGGUGCUUCCUAGGGAUAUGGAGGAGGAGGAGGUACCCGACGCGGUGCCGCGGCCGGAGGACGUCCAGGUGUUAGAUAUUAAGGCUGGUUCUUUGGUCUUGAUCCAUGGGAAUGUCUUGCAUCAGAGUGAGAAAAAUACUAGCGAUCGGAGCAGAUUUGCCUAUACGUUUCAUGUUAUUGAGGGAGCGGAUGGAUGGGAAUACGAUGAGAGGAAUUGGUUGCAGCCGCCGAAGAAUGGAGAGGGGUUUUCGAAGUUGUAUCUCUGA